GCUUCCUCAGUUCCUGACUGCGCCAGCGCGUUUCACGCGCGGCCGCAUCGCCGUUGUCUUUGCGCGUGCGCAGAGCCGCUGUGGUGUCAGCCCCUCCGCUGGGUCCCUGUGAGGGGAGGGCCGGGUCGGGCCGGCGCCUCGAACGCGCUGACGUCGGGCGCGUGCGCCACCCCGGUAGCUGGUGGGGAAGAUGGCGGCUGGCUGCGGCGACGGAGGCGCGUGAGGCAGCGGCUUCCGGGGUCGGGGCGCGAGGCGAGCGUCGGGGCCCGGGGCGCGGGCCCGGGGCGCGGCGGCUGAACGAAACAAGAUCGCCAUGGCCACAGAAAUCGGCUCUCCACCCCGGUUUUUCCAUAUGCCGAGGUUCCAGCAUCAGGCACCUCGGCAGCUGUUUUACAAGAGACCUGAUUUUGCGCAGCAACAAGCAAUGCAGCAACUCACCUUUGAUGGGAAACGGAUGAGAAAAGCUGUCAACAGAAAAACCAUAGACUAUAAUCCCUCUGUAAUUAAAUAUUUGGAGAAUAGAGUAUGGCAAAGAGACCAGCGAGACAUGAGAGCAAUCCAGCCUGAUGCAGGAUAUUAUAACGAUCUGGUCCCUCCUAUUGGAAUGCUGAAUAACCCUAUGAAUGCUGUAACAACAAAAUUUGUUAGGACAUCUACCAAUAAAGUAAAAUGUCCAGUGUUUGUUGUCAGGUGGACUCCUGAAGGGAGACGUUUGGUUACUGGGGCUUCUAGUGGAGAGUUUACGCUAUGGAAUGGACUCACGUUCAACUUUGAAACAAUAUUACAAGCUCACGACAGCCCUGUAAGGGCCAUGACUUGGUCACACAAUGAUAUGUGGAUGCUGACAGCAGACCACGGAGGAUAUGUGAAAUACUGGCAGUCCAACAUGAACAACGUCAAGAUGUUCCAGGCACAUAAGGAGGCGAUUAGAGAGGCCAGUUUCUCACCCACGGAUAAUAAAUUUGCUACAUGCUCUGAUGACGGCACUGUUAGAAUCUGGGACUUUCUACGUUGCCAUGAGGAGAGAAUUCUUCGAGCUUAGAGCAGUGAUUCUCAACCAGGGUGAUGAGCCCCCAAGGAUGCCCUGAAAUCCUUUGUAGGGUGUUGUGAAGUGUGAGGAAAUACACCAGAUAUGAGGAGAUAAGCAAAUAAAUGCAGGCUCAGGCUGAGUCCCUUGCUGCCCAUUUCCCUGCCACAACUGCUCAGCCCCUUUGCAAGGAGGUAAGCACUGUAAUAAGUAAGUUCAUUUUUUUUAAAUGGAGUGCUGCUUAAUUCACAAAAGUUAUGAAGAGUUGCUUUGAAUCUAUCUAAAAAUGUUGAGAACCACUGGUUUAGAGGGUAUUUCCAUACAUGAAUUAUUAGUGCACAAAAAGUAUUAAAAUGUAUGGGUAUUUUUUCACAGUAAUAAGCAGCAGUUUGAGGAACUCUUCAUGAGAGAGAGAGAGAGAGAGAGAAAUCCACCUCUGAGGCCAAACAGGUUUCAAUCACUAGGAAAGGUUUUUGGGUUUUUUUUCACCAAACGUAAGAGCAUCUGAAAAUAAGUUUAUAGUGAAAGUCCUAAUUUAUAAUUGAGUAUACCAGUUUUUCAUAGUGAAGAGCUGGCUUUUCUUCUCUACAUGCCAGUUACUGGUAAGUAAACCAGUAAAAACUAAACAAGUACAAAGAUUGUAAAAGAUAACUUCAAAAAUAUAGGCCUAGCAAGAAAAACCUGCUUGUAAAGAGUUCUUAUUCUUGCUUUUUCCUUAUCUGUUUCUCCUCUGAAAAACUACAUCCUGUGGGAACCUUUGCUUAAUCUUAAAUGUCUAUCUAUUCCUGCAGUAUGAGGUUUUUGUCAAAACGUCAGCUUUUGAAUUUCCUGGCCUCUGAUUAAAUCGUUAAAUUCAGUGUUUCAUUGACACAGUCCUUAUAUUUUGUUUUAGAACAAAGAACUAUGCUAGUGCAUUGAACUUGAAAGCAAAUUGCUUUCAAAAGUACUUUUGAAUAUGCUCAGGGAGCAAAUGUUCAUAAGGCCAUACUGGGAAAUCAUGCCUGUCUUAGUUUUAGUCCUAAUUCUUUGGUGAUAACCACACUAGUCUUUGGAGGAAACAUGUACUUCCUCUCAAAAGAAGGAUGAAUGCAUUUGUGAUGGGGGUUAGGCAUGCUCAUCAUUUGUGCAUUAUUUCAAGAUCAUUAUUAUUCUUUUAACAUUAUCUAAUUCGGAACAUUCAUUUAGAGCGCUCAGGGGUCGGUUGUAUUGUGCAGAGCAUGCAAAAUUUAAAAUGGGUACAAAGAAUACAGUGAAAAUGCUCCAGAUUUGCUAAGCUGUUCUUGUAGUAGAGGAAAAAGUGUCUCAUUUAUGAUGGCACAGGAAAAUAUUCAAUAUAUAUCAUAGUCUGACUGUUGCCCUUUCUCUCUCACCUCUUUUCAAUCUGCAGAGAACUGACGUGUCAUUCACGCUGUUUCAAAACCUCAAAGUAUUCAGACCAUUUAAAAAGUAUAAGAUAUAAUUGUAGAAACAACUAGAAGGAAGAAAGGAUGGGGGAGGACUAAACUAGCCAGUGUAUCUGGGGAGGAUCUUAUUUAAGAUGAACAAGUCUGGUUUUACCCCCCUGGCUUAUGUUAAGACUAUUAUUAAACAUGUGCUCCUUUUAGAUCCUGGAUUUUUAACUUGUGAAUUAAAAACCUCCAGGGCAAUAGCAAGCAGUUCCCCUUUCUUUAUUGUCAAAUGGAUUAGGGAAAAUAUCCCAGAAUAUUUUUCUUACAAUAUUAGCAGUUGCUCUAUAACAAAAGGGAAUAGCUGAUUUAAAAGUUGAUUAUAUCUAGUCUACAUAGAUGUGAGGAAAAUAAAUUUGGUUAGGCACACUCCAUCAUGUUCCCUACUAAAUUGUCUCCACUGAAAAAGUGUAAACUCAAACAUCAUAAGCUCAAAGUUUCAAAAUGAAACCAUCUUUUCAUUAUCAAAGUGCAAAUAAAGUGAUCUGUUGCUUAAAAUUCAGAAUCUGCUCUUUGGAAAAGCCAAACCAGUUUUGUCCUAAUGAGUGCUGACACACGUGAAAAAAACCAAAAAACUCCCAAAACUCGGUACUUUUCCGGAAGUGGAAGCAUGUUAAUUUGACCUGGUCCCCAACGUCUGUAUAGAUUGAGCGCUUCAGCAGGGUGUUUUGGCCCUUUUAUCUAAAGCAAAUUCAGUCAGCCAUUAGAUAAAAGCACCAAAAAGCCCCGCUGAAUUACCUGAUCUAUACUGACAUUGGGCAAGCUUGGUGUCAAACUAAUGCAAUGCCUCUUCUGGACAUGCGCUGCACUCAGUGUGGGGGUGCACCGAGCUUAAAGUAAAGCACUAUUUUGUUGGGUUUUUUGCAUUUGUUUUGUUUUUUUUGAUAUCUGUAAGCAGCAGCAUGCCUUCAGUUCCUUUCCAAAAAGAAAAAGGAGGAGGACACUUUUGGCGUUAGGACAGGAGGAGGAGGAAAAGGAGGACACUUUUGGGGUUCACUAGAAAUUUUAGCCCAAAGGUUAAUUUUGAGGAUAAUGUAGGGUAGGGGUGGGCAAAAUGUGGCCCAGGGACCGGAUGCAGCCCACUAGGCCAUUCUAUCCAGCCUGCGGGGCCCCUAAGAAGUUUAGAAAAUUAAUAUGUAUCUGCCCCUGGCUGCCUAUCACUCGGCCCUCGAUGGCUUGCCAAAACUCAGUAACCAGCCCUCUGCCCAAAAUAAUUGCCCACCCCUGUUGUAGGGUAUGUAUAAAUGGCUACAAAUACAUUUAGAAUGGAAUAUUCAAGACUUGUAUUGUAGAAUCACAGUAAUAGCAAUACAUCUGUCUUAAAGUGGGGCUGAUUAGAAUUGCUUCUUCUCAAUUGUAAACAGCACUAACUAACCAGUAAGUGGCUAAACUAGUACCUGAGCUUCUAACUGGAAUGUUCCCAGCAAGAAGACUCCAGUCUUGGUAUACGCUCAGCCUUCACCCUUUCUUGUUUUGUGGCAGCCUCCCCAAACUAUAAUAGAUCAGUCUAAAAAGUUAUUGUUCUUAGCGGUGAUACUGGUAUUCCUGAACAACAACUCUUCUGGUACUCUAAUCUUGAUUUGAUAAAAAUCAGGAGUUCACAAAGAGAGCCUGUUUUCUUCUAUAUUAUUCUUUUCAUUUUAGAUAUAUUUACAUCCCACAACAGGGGUUUAAAGACAUUUGGGUGAGGGUAGGUCCUGUAUUAGUCUUCCACACCUUUCAAAACUAUUGUUAGGAACCUUCUUUAUAAUAGCUUAUUGGAAUAAACAGCUGCACCUGCCCUCAUCCUUCAUGUAAGCACAUACAUCUUUUUCAUGCUCUGUCAUAUGGAUUAUAUUUGCUCACAAAUUUGUUCAGUGACUUUAAUGCUAAGAGUUAGGAUCCCUCCAUUAUCUGUUUAUAGGAGAGAUGCUCAACCUCUGGCCAGCAGGCCAAGUACGGCCCGUAGAGCCUUGGAAUCUGCUUGCGGGACUUCCUGUGGGCAACUUGUCAAUUGCUGCUCCCUGCUGCCAAACUGUGGGGCAGGUCAGAGCUAGGUCACAACCCUCUCCGGGCCCAGCCAGAUUGGGGCCAGGCUAUACCUCCUUCCCUCUGAAUGGCUGGGUUGGGCCUGGACUAUACCUCCUUUUCCCUGUGGGGCUGGUUGGGCCAUACUUCUUCCCCCUGAGCAGCUGGUUUGGGGCCAUCCUUCCUCCCUCCCCACCCACCCAAGACUGAGCCACGUCUCCUUCCUUCUGCCCAGCUAGGAUGGAACCCGGCCCCCUGUCUGGUUGGUUUGGGGCUGGGUCAUCACCCUCCCGCAGGCCUGGGUUGGGGCCAGCCCAAGUCUCCUUCCCCAUGCAGCUGGAUUGGGGCGGAGCUGUUCCCCUCCCCAUUCUGUGUGGCCUAACAGGGCCUUGCUGCAUCUGCCUUGGAUGCUGGAUUGAGUCCACCUGCUGGAACCAGCCUGCAGAGGGAUUAGGCACUGUCCAUCCAGCCAGUCAAAAAUGAUUGAGUUUUACUGGUCUGUGGUGAUUCCCCUUAAUGAAAGCUUAAUAUAUUAGGAGCCCUUCUAAAGGUAGUGAUUCUAUAGAUAUGGCAAAACUUAGCCAGCCAGGAGAGCAAUACACAUUCACAUGUAAGUUGGAUGCUUCCUUUAUUAAACUGUGUCAUAGUACACCCUGUGACAGAACAUCUAACCUUUCCAAGGACUGCUUCACAUAAGACAUGCUUUCUCCUCUCCCCUUUUCCCUACUUUAUUCCCUGGCACUUUAUUUCAAGGAAUAGUAAAAGCUUCUCUCAUACCAUCAGUAUGGUACAGCUUAUAGCUUCCUCGUGAAGAUGUUAGUUUCUCAAGACUUUUGAAAAGCUAAGGCAGAAGAAAUUCUCUAUGGCUCUGCACCAAUGUUGGCAUUUUACUAGCUGUGAGGUAUGUGCAGAAGCUGCCCUCUUUCAUUUAACCACAAGUAGAAUUUUCCAUAGGCCAUAGCACUUGCUUGUGCUGGAGACAGGGUUAAUAUAAACUAUUUGUUCACCAGAAAUUUAUUGGAAAAUUUCUGACAUUUAUUUCAAAAUAAGGUUUAUUGGCCAAAUGAGUAGCUUUGUCCUGACAAAUUGCAGAGAGCAAAGCUUUUAUUGAAUGACUUUUCUGCUUUAAGAGUUUAUUUCUUCCUUUUAGAAUUCAGAUAACUACCAUUGGUAGUAAUGAUUGUGGCAAAUAUGUACUCUGAAGAUAAAUGUGUGUGUUUUGGGGGUUUUUUAAUGCAGAUAUUUCAGGUUUGUUUAAAGACUUCUAGAUCUAAAUUAUUUUUUUUAAAGCCUGAUCUUUGGGUUAAUGUUCUCAAUUUUAAAUGCCUAUUUGUGUGUUCUUGACCCUAUAUAUGACAGAACAGGAAUAAAUGCCAAUAUAUUGCUUGUCCUCUUGUAGUACAUGGCCAUUAUGUUUUAUGCACUUUAUUGCAGACACUGUGUGGUAACAUUUAAAAUCCAUUGUGUCAUUUUGCAAUUGAGUACAUGGUACAUGGUAACACUGAUUUAAAGGCACAAUCCAGCUCUACCGUGUACUGUCUUGAGAACUGAGAGGUACUGGUUGGGCAUAUAGAUGACCUUAAUACCCAUUCUUUUAUAAGUAAAGACUACGUUAAUCUGCAAAAAAUAUUUCUUAGCCUUAUAUAAUACCCUUUUUCAUUUUUUUUGUCACUGCUGAUAGUCUUGACACAACUCAGGGCUGUUCAUAGCACAACAUCUUCUCAUAGCAGAUAAAAAUAAUCAUUAUAUAACAGGGAAUAUGCAAAAAGUCCUGUAGGUGUGAAAUAUUUUUAUGAAGGUAUAUUCUAUGUAUCAAUGCAAAAACUGUAUUUAACUUGCACUUAAAAUAAAGUCUUGAAAUGGAA